ACUAGUGCAUGGUGAAAAGGAAAGUGUACAUUAAAAAAACAAUUGUACAUUUUUACCACUUACCUACUGUUGCAAUGGCUCGGAUGAAUGUAGAAGAAUGGGUCGAUGUGAAAGAGCUCACAGGAGAUGCACAGCAGCAGGCGGGUUUAAUGAGGGGAGAGCACAGAGGUUAUCCACAAAGUCUAGCACUUCUGGAUAACAGUGAUCCACGCGCCUGGCUCGCUCCAGCACUGCAAGGCACCUGCACGGCACACUCCGAUUACCUGCUGCACUCACCCGGCUCGUCUGCAGAGAGCACGCAGCAAGACACAGACAACAGCGAGCAGCUAAGAAAAAGAAACAAGAACUCGGUGAAAGCAAGAGACCUCUGCAAACUCAAGGGUGUCGGAUUGGACGAUUCAUGUUGUAGACAGAGAGCCCCUUCCACUAAGCCGGUUAACGGAGUCCAAAAGCAGAGGAGGAUGGCAGCGAAUGCCCGAGAGAGAAGGAGGAUGCACGGUCUGAACCAUGCCUUUGAUGAACUACGUAGUGUCAUCCCGUCAUUUGACAACGACAAAAAACUUUCCAAAUACGAUACUCUUCAGAUGGCGCAGAUAUACAUUAAUGCCCUUUCCGAUCUUUUACAAGGUCCCACAGAUCAGCCAAAAAACGACCACAGAUCUGCUUUUGAGGGCGCAAGCUCCAGGUCCUCCUCUUCAAACUUCAAUAGGUUUGCAGCAACAGGUUACCCCGUGCAACUGAAUACAACACAGUUCCCGUUUGAAGACGGUACCUUUUCAGCAACGAUGGGACAAGAGACACUUUCAUCCUCACCUACAGUAAAGUCUGGUUCAGAGGACAGCAAAGCAUCCCCGAGGUCCAAUAGAAGUGAUGGGGAGUUUUCGCCUCAUUCACAUUUUAGUGAUUCAGAGGAGGCAAAUCUAGAGUUACAAAGUGAAGAUGAACUUUCUGAACUCAAACUCCAGAACAACAACAAGUUCUAACCCUCCUCCCCACCCAAAAAAACCCAACACAUCUGUAAUUUUUAUUUUAUGCAACACCACUUUAAUUCUUGUAGGUGUCCUCAUCAAAAGUUUUUUAUAUAUAUAAAAAACUAUUUACAUGUUUUAUAUUUUUUAAUUUUG